CUUGAUACGCAACGUGUCGCAUUAUUUUCAUCUUUUCGAAGCCACGUCGGGCUUCCAAACGCUGAAGUAAAUCGGACCCUUUGCUAUCCCGAACCGCGAUUUUGCUGAUUUAAUUUGUUUGUCCAGUUUUGUUUCGAACGCUUUGAGGUUAUGUCUCGUAUUACGUGUAUAUAUGAGCUUCGCGCCACCGUGUUUUGUGAUCGUCGCGACGUUCCGUCAUCGAGUUUCUAAUUGGGACUUGGUUUGUUGGACUCCUGCGAUUUGUCGUUCACAAAAUCAAAUUUUCAAGUGCGCUCGAAAAUCAGCUUUGCAAAAAUGGCGCGUUCCGCUAGUUAAAUGGCGCUGAUGUUCCACGGCGACUUCGCGCUUCGAACUUAUUUUUUUUUUUUUUUUUUUUUUGGGGCAUAUGUGUUUAUUCGAAUUUCUUUGACAUGUAUUCGAAUUCUCUUGUUCGAAAUUUCACUUGAUUAUCGAUAAGCAGCUGACACUUGCCGCGCGAGUUUUAAUUACUCAGAUUUAAAUCUUUGCGUAUUUUGAAAUACGUAAUUAUUUGAUUACGUUUCAAUAUAAAUGCCAAUGGUGUGACUUGGAGUCAUCGUCAUGUCCACUAACAAAGAGCAAACUGCAAGGGCCUUAGUGGAGCCCUUAGCCUUGGAUUCGCGUACAUUAGGAGAUAGCGAUCUCAGUGCGCUGAGUAUGUCUCACAACAAUGAACAAUACAUGUCGAACGACUUUGAAGCCUUCACAAACAUUCAAGCUGAACUUGAGUGUAUGAACGCGGAAGAAGUUAUGGCAGCAGAUGAUGAGCAGAUAAUAAUUGAAGAAAAUGUUGAGCCUGAAACAAUAGUAUCCGAUGUAGAAAUGUCAGACAUAUCGGAGCAAGUACAGAGUGAACAUAUUUAUACAAUGGCUAAUCAAAACAGUCAAGAUAAUGUACAGUCAUCACAUAAUAUAACAUUUCAAACAAAGCCUACCUUGCAGAGAGUGCCUGUGUCUACUGUUCAGACAAAGUCGUCUAUUGGUCAAACUACACAGAGUCAAUCGAUUAUGAUAGUUUCACCUGCAAGUGGACAAGGCACCAGUCAAAUUCUGAAGAUAUCACAUCCACCGACGGCUUCGGCCGAACAAUUGCAAUCCUUAGCUCAGACUCUUUUAACUGGUAAAUCCGUAGAUGGAAGUAUCGUUCAGAUAAGAUCGAGUCAACCUACUAAGUGCAUUACAACAACCAGUUCAUCAGGAAAUAUCACAGUCAGUAAUGUACAAAGUCUUAAGAUAACACAACCGACAUUGAAGCGAGGAACGCAGAGUAUCGACUCCGGACGUAAUAUAUAUACAAAGAUGAUAUUAACAGGAAAUCAAGUACAACCUGCUGCUCAGCAAGUUAUUAUCGCAAGUCCACAAAAUGAACAUCAGACGGUUCCGGGAAUCAAAUUUCUUAAUAAUAAUUCUUCUACCUACGGCACAACAACUUCGACAAAAACCAUAACAUUAGCACAAGCUCAACAAAUGGGUAUACUCCCUGCUAAUAAAAUGCAACAUAUUUUACCAUCGUCCCCUCAUUCAAUAUAUAAGGAAAGAAACACAAUAUUGGGUAAGUUGUUGGAAAACUCACCCUGCGCGCAACAGAAAGUAACUAUAAAUCUACCUACUAAUAUUGUAAAAUCGCCAACAAAAAUUCUACCUGCGCCAUCGGGAAAUAUUCAGAUAAAAUCAUCGACGUCAACGAAUCAGCAAGCUACAUUUGUUUCAUCCAAGCCGUCUAUACAACAAAGUCCACAGAAAGUGAUCAUCAAACAGAGUUCUUUGAAACCUGGCACUAUGACACUUGGAAGUGGACAAUUUAUUAGAAUACCUCCUAAUCAGAAUAUUGUAACUGGAUCGAACCAAGUUCACCAAAUUCAAUUACCCAGACAAGUGCAAUAUGUAAGAUUAAUCAGUACUCCUUCAACAGUACCUACCAAUGUUAUUACUAUAGGCAAAUCAAAGCCUACUGCAAUUCAAACUAUGGGUAUCGGUCAGAAGAUAGGAAGUCAACCGGCAACCAUAAAAGUUUUGCCGUUAAAUUCUAGCAAUCAAUCGCUGAAAACCGUCACGCCAAAAGUAACUGUGGCAAGUAGUGCACAAAGAUUACUCAUGCCUGCAACAGCUACUGUCGCGACUGCCGUCAGUAACCAGCCGAAAAACACAGUAACGAUUCCUGCGUCAGCAUUAACACAGUUAACGUCUGGACAGGCAGUUUUGUCUACUAAUCAAAGUGUUGGAAACAUUGUUGUUCUUCCCGCUCAAUAUAUUCAGCAACAGUCAACAGAUGAUGCAAAGUUAAAGUCUCCACAAGCGACGCCGGACAUUGUGGGAAGUUCACAAAGUUCCAUACCGACUUUAUGUAUGAUUGACAACAAAACUUCUCAUAAAGGACUUUAUCGGUCUGAUAGCAAUGUCGAGGCAAACGGCAUUAGGCCACGAAAACCAUGCAAUUGCACCAAGUCACAAUGCCUUAAGCUGUAUUGCGAUUGUUUCGCAAAUGGCGAAUUUUGUCACAUGUGUAAUUGCAAUAAUUGUUCGAAUAAUCUUGGAAACGAGGAGGAGAGACAGCGUGCAAUUAAAUCCUGUCUGGAGCGCAAUCCCAAUGCUUUUCGGCCGAAAAUCGGAAAAGUCCGUGAAACUGGCGAUGAUAUAAGAAGACAUAAUAAGGGUUGCAAUUGCAAGCGUAGUGGUUGUCUUAAGAAUUAUUGUGAAUGUUAUGAGGCUAAAAUACCAUGUUCCGCAAAUUGCAAGUGUAUAGGUUGUCGCAAUAUCGAGGAUCCAAUAAUAUUGGGCAAUAAAAGAACUUUGAAAAAUCUGGCAGAAGCAGCUGAAGUGAGAACGACUCAAUUUAAAGUAGAUAGAACACGACUGCAGUUAUCAGAGAUGGCAUUUAGGCCACCUGCUUUGUCCAAUACUGGUACAAGACAACCGUUUAAUUUCCUCACGGACAAAGUGGUUGAGAUAACAUGUCAGUGCUUAAUAGCCCAAGCUGACGAGGCAGAACGCAACAUGUUAGACGAAGAGACGUCCCAGCGUCUUAUCAUCGAAGAAUUCGGUCGAUGUUUAAAAGAGAUCAUUGAAUCGGCGCAUAAAGCUGAAACUACCUAGCACGUCUAUUCGCAAGAUACCUUUUGCAAAUCUUCGUUUGUCAUUAUUAUGGGAAUUGGGUAGAACUAAAAGGAAAGCAUAAUGCAAAUGUUGUUACCAAAGAUGUUAUCAUACGAGAUAAAAAGUAAAUUUUUUUCCAGCAAAUUUUUAAAGUUCUAUCACUGUAUUCAUUGUCAAACAUCUUGUAUGGGUCUCUUUUUAUAGAGAAUCUGACUGAGUUCUAUUAUUUGAUGAUCGGUAAUGUGUUUAAUACGUCUGUAUGGUAUUCCAAGGAGAGAAAAUAAGAUUAAGAAAUAAUAUUGAAUUGCAUUUCAUAUAUUCAUAGAUAUAAUACAUUUUUAUGUAAAAUAAUAUGUUUAACAGUACAAUUAAAAUAAUUAUAUAUUUAUGUAUCUGUAUGUACCAUAAAACUUCUAAUGUAUUUUUUGUCACAACUUAUUUUUAAUCACAGAAAAAAAGAAUCUUAAAAUCUUAUAAGUGCUUAAGCUCACCAACUUUUAUUUUGCAUAUAUACUUCGAUUAAUAAUAGUACAAAUCUAUAAAAGAGUAAAUUAAUAUUUAUUAGUCUAGAUAUGUGAUUGUGCGAGUUAGGCUCUUAUAAUAAUUCUCUUUUUUUCUGUGAUUAUAUAUUAUUAUAUAAAAUCUUGUUCUAAUUUGCAACUUAUUUAAUUUCAAAUAUACUAGGAAUAUUAGAUUUUAAUAACUAAAUAUAUUUCAAGUAUAAAGUUCAGCAAAUAAAAAUUCUUGAUAUAAAUAAUGUAAUUCUGUUGUAUAAUCGUAUGUAUUUUUUGUUAAAGAGAGUUUAGUUUGUCUUUAAGUUGCAAUUGCAAUAUUUGGACAACAUUUUUCAACAGCUCAAUAUCGAUCGAAACGAACAGCAUCGUUAGAAGUUUACGAGAAGAUGUGCGAUAUCUUUAUAAAACAUUCUGUAUUAUAUGUGUGUUUAUUCAAUAUUAAAAUGUUACUAUUAAACUGCAGCAACAGUUUAUAUAUUCACAUGCAUUUGCAUUUUUCAUGUAGAAUAUAUAAUUAACUGCAAUUCAAUUUACUUGUCUAUCUUUUAUGUUGACAGAACAAUAGUUUUGCUUUUGUUUUUUCAACAUUUUUUUUCGUUUUUUAUAAAUUGCAAUUCUUGUUCGAUGUUUUAAAUCAUUAUUACAUAUAUACAACAUGAAGAGUGCAACGUGACGGAAAUAUUAAAGGUUAUUGGUUUUGAUAAUAAUUUGCUAAUUUACAUCAGGUAUGUAUAUGUGUGUAUGUAUUCGCAAUGAUAUUACAUGAUAUUUAAUAUAAAUAAUAUGUUGUAUAAUAUAAAUAUAGAAUGCCUAAUAAUUUUGUGUGUGUACGCAUGAAGAAGUGUGUGUGGUUAAAGAGAAAUUUUAAUAUUUGUAAAAUUUAUUCAAUUUACGUCUAUAUGAUUUAUAUUAUAUAAAUUAUGAUACUUGAUUUUUAACUCUGUAGGUUCUACAUAUGUAUAAUAUUACUUGAGACUUUAGAUGUAUAUGUAAUCAUAUUUCUAAACAUAAACGAGAAAAAUUGCAAAAAAUUGUUUAUUAUAAAAAAGUAAUUAUUAUUGAUAUUAUGUAGCUUUCCUCUUGUAAAUAUUAGUAGAGAAUAAAUUUAAAAAAAACUUUGUUAACAUAAAAGACGGUUGCAAGUAUGUUACAUUUAUAUGCUUAUUGCGUUAUAUAUAUAUUAAUGCUUUUACAUCCAUAUUCACAAAUAAAUUUUAUAAUAAAUUACUUUUAAAUCUUUUUAAACUACAGGUAACAGUCUGGAUACAGAAACGUCGCUGUUUAAACAUUAGAGAAGAAUUUGAUUUUUUAAUAAAAACAAAAAUAGUUUUAUCAUAUAUGUAUAUUUACAUAAUUUGCGUACACGCGUU